UCCACUGAAGGGCCAUUGUUUCUGAACCCAGCAGCAUUCAGCAGUUUUCUGCAUACGCCCAUCAUGGUGGCAUCCAGUAUGUUCAACCAGGAUCUGUGUCUGGUUAUCACUAUUUUAUUGGCCAAUUGUCCAUGGGUGACGUGUACAGAAUCGCGGGUGGUAGUGUGUGAACAUCAAACUAUGACCAUCAACUGCGAACAAGACGGAGUCUUAAAGAUCCUAAGCGCUAACUAUGGACGCACGGACAAUACAACAUGCCCAAUGUAUCUACAUAAUGACACCAGCUGCCUUCUGGCCACAUCUCUCAGCGUCAUGGCUAACAAAUGUGAUGGACAGACGCAGUGCUCUGUGGAAGCCACUAACGAGGUCUUCUCUGAUCCUUGUUUUGGGACCUUCAAGUUUUUGGAUGUUUCUUUUCUGUGCCAACAUACAGUUGCCACCCUGAGGGUCGUGGUGGAGGCUGCAACAGAGAUGACGGAGGCAGAGAUUGAAGAAACCAUUAUAAAGCCUCUUCUAGAGGAGCUCAUCCAGAAUGGGAUUCCAAACAGCACCACCCUGAGCCUGAGACGAGUUCACCAGCGCAAUCCAUGAAGAAGAUUAGUUCACCAGCCCAGCCCAUGAAGAAUACGAGUUCACCAGCCCGACCCAUGAAGAAGAUGAGACCACCAGCCCAACCCAUGAAGAACAGUGUACGAGUUCACCAGCCCAACCCAAGAAGAAGAUGAUGAGUUCACCAGCCCAACCCAUGAAAAAUACGAGUUCACCAUGCAGCCUAACCCAUGAAGAAUACGACUUCACCAGCCCAACCCAUGAAGAAUACGACUUCACCAGCCCAACCCAUGAAGAAUAGUGUACGAGUUCACCAGUCCAACCCAAGAAGAAGAUGAUGAGACCACCAUUCCCAACCCAUGAAGAACAGUGUACGAGUUCUCCAGCCCAACCCAAGA